GGUGUUAUAAUGGCAAAUAAUUCGUGAUAAGCUAAACCCAAGGCGGACCAUGGUCAUGGUCAUGCCUUUUACUCCUUUCUCGUCUGCCAGCGCGCGGGGGAAGGAGGGACGAAAGUGAUGCAGCCGCCGCCGCAGCUGCCGGCGGCUUUGCCGGUAGGGUUCCGCUUCCGCCCUACGGACGAGGAGCUGGUGCUACACUACCUCAAGCCUAAGAUCGCGGGUCGCGCGCACGCGGAUUUGCUCCUCAUCCCCGAUGUCGACCUCUCGGCGUGCGAGCCUUGGGAGCUGCCCGCUAAGGCCCUCAUCAGGUCCGACGAUCCCGAGUGGUUCUUCUUCGCGCCCCUAGACCGCAAGUACCCUGGAGGCCACCGCUCCAACCGCUCCACCGCAGCCGGGUACUGGAAGGCCACGGGCAAGGACCGCCUCAUCCGCUCGCGCCCAGCAGGCACCCUCAUCGGCGUCAAGAAGACGCUCGUCUUCCACAGAGGCAGGGCACCCCGAGGACACCGCACCGCCUGGAUCAUGCACGAGUACCGUACGGCCGAGCCCCAGCUCCCACAAGGCCAAAACGGUAGCUUCGUGCUCUACCGCCUAUUCAACAAGAACGAGGAGGAAUCCGAAGCCUCAGACGCUGCCGAUUCACCGUCCACGUCGUCUCCGCCCAUCGCGCCGGAGGUGAAAACUGAGAAUUUGAGCCAACCGACUUCUGCCAAAAUGUCUCCCCAUAUUGCAACUGUCAGUAGCAAUGAGCCAACGUCUAAUCAGGGAGACGUUAAUCUUCUGGAUGUGUUAACCCAGCUUCCAGACCUACAUCCUGAGCAAGCAUUCGAUGGAUUCCCUACCAUCACCUCUCCUAUGCGCCCUUACACUGAUCAUCCAUUUUUUGGCAAUGCUGGCGACCAAGAUCUUUCAGCGUAUAUAGACAGUAUCAUCUCUCAUCAGGAUCUGGAAGGCUUGUUGGCCAGCCCUUCUUUGGCUGACAUGGUUGAGCAGGCUACUGUAAAUGUUGAGCCCCACCCUAUUAAUGUACCCGUUCUAGACAACAGCUCAAACAGCAACAGAUUGGCUGAAAACAGCCGUGGAAAAGUUGGUUCUGAAACGUUGCUCCUAAUCAAGGGUACAGAUGGCACAGGUGCUGCUGCUUGCUCUUCUUCUGCAACCAAAAUACUCCAAGACAAUACUGAUGAUCACACAGGAGCUCAAAGUAACUUGGCUUCCAGUGCAUCAGCUCAAGUGUCUCACUUUUACAACCAAUAUGAACUCCAAUCGGCAUUCGUCCCUGAAAUGGAACCACCAAAUAGUGGAACCUUGUGCUCUGCAGCCUCCCCGACUCCCCAUCCCCAGCACUUGUUCAACGGUGUGGUAGCUUCAGAUGUCUUCAAUGGAAUCCAAGGAUGGCCAGCGGAACCUUUGACGGAUCCACACCAAGGGAAUGCACCAAGAAGGAUCCGCCUUGCGCACUCUAUUCAGAGGGCAUCAGUCACUGAGCCUGUACUAACUUCUGAUGUGGAGGAUGAAGAUGAACCGGGAAUAUGUUAUAGCGCAGACAGUUCAUCCGCCAGCAAUACCGAGGAUUAUGCCAAUGUGUUCUCCCAAACUAUGGCUGGAGAAACAAUGCGUAUUCAACGUGGAGGGGUGAUAUCUACUCAAGUAGUUUCGUCAACAGAAAAGCUACAAGAUUUCACAUUUGAUGAAGGUACACUGCUACAUGGUGAGCUGCAUCAUGGAGGCAAUCUCAGGCAGCGGCGCACGGAGGAGACGAGGCAGGAUGUUCGUGAUGGCAUGCAGCACAGCGUCCAUGUGACUAGAGUGGCAGUGCCAUCCUUGAGAAGGAAAGGAGAGGCUGCACAGAUUGGUUCAGUGGUGCGGUUGCUCCUUUUGGUUCUCCUCCUCGUCGUCAUCUUUGUAUUUGUAGGAUUAUGGAAAUGUAGCUCGUUCAGAUUGUUGCAUUAGCAGCUACUAUUUGUGAUUCAGGGGUAUCAGUGCAUUAGUAGCUAGUUUGCCUGGUUGUCUGAUCUCGUGAAGGAGCAGGGGAAAGUUUAUGCAGGAUUCACAAUGCUCCUCUUGUCUGGCUUGACAUAGAAAUCUAAAAGUUGUGACUUGUGAGGCAACCUGUUGCCUUGUUCAUAUAAUAAUAGAAUGAAACUUGUGUUGCAA